AUGAACCGGAAUUAUGAAGGCGCGACGACUCCCGUGGCGCCGCUAGAUUCGUUGCGGAAAACGCCUCCGCCAAAAGCAGCGCAAAUCUAUCCUAUUCUCUCACUUCUGUCAAUAAUUCUACUCUUUCUUUCGGCUGGAGCCGGAAUUUCUUUAUCCGCUAUAGUUUUAUUUCUCAACCUCGAAUCAACUGAGUAUCUUGAUCCUCUCAGCCGCGCUGUCUUCUUCGUCGCCUCUUGCGUGAGCCUCAUUUACGUCUUGACGCACAUCAUCGCCGCAAGAACUGCAUACACCAAGGGCUACGGAUCAACCAAAUUCUAUGGAAAAUAUGUUGCGGGCUUUGCAUUUCUGCUUGCCCGGUUGGGUCUCCCAGUUUGGGUUGCGGCAAUCACCCUUGCCAUCUUUGUCGCGGUGAAUGUUGGAUUGGACCUGUCAAAAGGUAUCCGGGAGAACAUGCCAUGGCUUAACGUCAUAAUCAGCAUUUCUUCUUUAUUCUCAUUAUGUGCUGUACUUGCGGUGAUCGAGAUGGCGGACAGGCCAUUUGCGACAAUAGGGCUGUCACAAACAUGGUUUAUUCGCGGCGAAAACCCUUUCGCUAGACAUGAAUAUGACGACGCGGAAACCGACCCCAAGGAUGAAAAAUUAAUGUCUUACGUGAUGGAAAAAGAUCGGAAGCAACCAAAGCCACCCAAAAAUGAAAAGCGAAAGAGAAAGACCUUGACGAAAAGGAACCCAUACGAAGGCCAGCAUAGAUCCUUGCGCCACGCAAGGAGCAUGUCCAUGCCGGCACCUUUAAAUACGGUCUUUGGUGAUGACGCUACACCUCAAAUCCCAGAGCUCCAAUCAUCCCAUACUGCCUUUGCAUGGAAACCACCUACAAGAGAGGGCACUCCAAGGCCUGCAGGGGCACUUACCUUCGAGGAUCUUGAUUCUUGGAGACAACGAAACAGUUUGCGUCAUGUAGCGUCAGACAUCUCAACAAAUGCUUCGGCGCCCUCGGACGAUGUUAUACUUCCUUCGAUGCCCCGUCAAGUGCAGUAUUCUCCUCGCAGUCAAGCUUUGCUACUGGAACAGCAGAGAAAGUACGACUCCAGGCGAUGGACAGCUAUUGGAACUCAAUCACCACCGUAUGACGCGGCGUUUUUGGAUGCCCCUUUCAGAAGACCCCGAACACCUUUAAUGGCCAUGGAAGAUGAACGAAGAAUAAUGGGCGGCCACAGACCUUCAACAAGGGAUAGUGAAUUGCUGUCGAAUUAUCACUCAAGCAUGACACACGACGGCCGGUCGACAAUGUCACAUUCGUCUAGAGCAUCGAGAAUAGUGAGGACGUCACAGGCCGUCUAUACGGUCCAAGACGAGCCUCCAUCGUUGCCACCAAUUGCAACUACUUCUACAUGGAGCAUUCCAAACACAAACAGCAUUCUAGCUGAAAGUGACACCCUACCAAAUGUCGGUCGAAGGCGUCGCAAAAUCUCAAACUAUAGUGACAGCCAACGCCUCACACAUGGAACAGGCAGCCGCUUGCUGUCGGAGACUUACCGUCCAUCGAGCCAACAUCCGUCAAUAGUAACGCAAGAAUCACCACAACUGAGUCCAGUCUCGAUGUCGAGAUCUGAACUGCACAACUUCUCCAGGCCACGUACAUCUGCAGCAGCCAGAAUGCAGUCCAAAGUUUCCAGGCGCUUACGUGCAAUGAAGCAGCAACAAGAGACUCCUUCUUCAGGCUAUGGAAAUGAAGCCGUGCAAGCACCUACCUCCCCCAGCACACUCAGAGCAGCUAGGGCAGCGGCUGUGAGUAACUUGCAAGAGAAACUUGGGCAAAGGAAUCAGGUACAACAGUCUGCAGAGGAUCAGCGCCCGCCAUCCCCGGAAACCCCACGUACGACGAGGGCCAUGGCAGUUAAGACCCUGCAAGAAAGGAUUGGAAAACGAAUGAUGCGGCGUAAUGAGUCUGAAGCAGCCAGCUCACAACUUGAAUAG